CAUCCGGUAAAAUAUCUGUGUUGCUGUAUUCCAUUCCUUCCUGAAAGGGACCUGAGCAGAAAUUCAGGAGUUGUGCUUGUCACUGUGACAACAGUGCCGUGAGUGAGGUUGUCUGAAAUGAUUUAUUUGAUGUGGAGCAGUCUUCUUCGAUUGUUUUGGUAAAGGUCAGACAGGGUCGCGUUGAAAGCACCCUGAUUUGAAGUAACGUUACCAAAGGAGACUUGCUAAGGAAAAUCAAGAGUGGCCAAGAUUCUGAAGUGGGUGUCAAAGAACUUCCAGUCAAGAGUUGAUCUCACAAGCCAGAACAUUGUCUUAAAAAAGUAUAGCCAGUGUGCAGUUAAAUGCAGCUCAACCUCUGUGUUUGCAAAUGGCUUGCUGUCUGAAGGAUGAGCUCCUGUGUUCCAUCUGCCUGAGUAUCUACCAGGACCCUGUCAGUUUUGGCUGUGAGCACUAUUUCUGCCGAAAGUGCAUCACUGAGCACUGGAGCAGACAGGAGCCCCACGGUGUACGAGACUGUCCUGAGUGCAGGAGGACCUUUGCAGACCCUCUUCUCUCCCCAAGCCUCAAGCUGUCCAACAUCGUGGAGCGCUACUCAGCCUUCCCGCUGGACGCCAUCCUCAACGCGCAGAGGAGCUCCUAUCCCUGCAAGGACCACGAGAAGGUCAAGCUUUUCUGCCUCAGCGACAAGAGCCUGGUGUGUUUCUUCUGUGACGAGCCAGCCUUACACGAGCAGCAUCAGGUCACCACUAUUGACGAGGCCUACGAGGAGAUACAGAGGGAGAUGAAGGAGCAGCUGGCCACUCUGCAGGACAGUGAGAAGGGACACACCGAGGCCUUGCAGCUACUGCAGAGACAACUCACUGAGACCAAGUCGUCGGCCAAGGGCCUGCGUGCGACCAUCGGCGAGGCAUUUGAACGCCUGCAGCGGUUCCUGCGAGAGCGCCAGAAGGCCAUGCUGGAGGAGCUGGAGACGGACACGGCGCGCACGCUCUCCGACAUCGAGCACAAGAUCCAGCGCUUCAGCCAGCAGCUGCGUGACGUCAAGGAGGGCAUCGGCAUCCUGCAGGAGCGCCUCAACGAGACGGGACGCCACGACUUCCUGGAGGGCGUGGCCCUCACCUCCGAGAGGUGCUCUGCUUACUGUCUGACUGACCUUGGAUCAGCUCUUCUUCCAAAAAGCCACAGUCCUAAACUUUUGAUAAAAGGAAAGAUACAUGAGACCAAUCUAACAUAUGAAGAUUUCCCGACCUCCAAGUACAUGGGGCCCCUGCAGUACACAAUAUGGAAGUCUCUCUUUCAGGAUAUUUCACCAGUGCCAGCAGCUUUGACCUUAGACCCCAUCACAGCACACCAGAGACUCAUCCUAUCAGAUGACUGCACCAUCGUAGCCUAUGGUAACCUGCACCCCCAGCCCCUGCAGGACUCCCCGCGGCGCUUCGACGUGGAGGUGUCUGUGCUGGGGGCAGAGGGCUUCGGCUCCGGGGUGCACUACUGGGAGGUGAUGGUGUCAGAGAAGACCCAGUGGAUGAUCGGCGUGGCCAACGAGACGGUCAGCCGCAAGGGCAGCAUCCAGAUCCAGCCCAGCCGCGGCUUCUACUGCGUCGUCAUGCACGACGGCAACCAGUACAGCGCUUGCACCGAGCCCUGGACCCGCCUCAACGUCAAGAGCAAGCUGGAGAAGGUGGGCGUGUACCUGGACUACCCCAAGGGCCUGCUGGUGUUCUACAAUGCUGACGACAUGUCCUGGCUGUACACCUACAGGGAGAAGACUUUCCCGGCCAAGCUCUGCCCCUACUUCAGCCCCGGGCAGAGCCACGCCAAUGGCAAGAACGUCCAGCCGCUGAGAAUCAACACCGUGCGUCUAUAAGAGCCACACACAGGGUCACUCUACAGAUCGGCUCGCUCACCUCAACCCUCCCUGAGGAUAGGAUACCAACGAUGAUGACGUAACUAAGAUCCUAAAGACGGCUCGUUUUUUUAAAUGAUGAGAGAGGGGGCAGGGG